GGCUCCACCGUGAGGCGAUGGCCGCCCUCAUCCCGCCCUGAGGGCGCUGCCCCACCGCCCUUUCCCCGCCUCUUCCAGGGAUUUCCCCGUUUUCUCCACAUUUGUGCCCGUUAGCCUUAUCAGGGUUCGGCGGAGGGGCGGCUCCUCCCUCAGCCCACACGGACACAGCCGGAGACAACCCGGUACUCCGGCGGCUCCCCGGUGUGUGAGGGGGCCGGCCGGGCUCCGGCCCCUCCCUCCCCUGGGCCGGGAAGCGAAAGCGAAAGGCGGCCCCGGGACGGCUCCGGAGGUGUUUGAGGAGACGCCGGCAGCUGCGGCAGCCCCGGCCUGUCCCGGUCCCGGUCGUGUUCCCCAGCCCGUCCUGGUCCCGGUCGUGUUCCCCAGCCCGUCCCGGCCGUGCCCCCCGCCCGUCCCGCGUCCGCCGGGAGCCGAGCGAAAACUGUACAGAAGUCUCUGAAUUUUGGUUGUUCGAGCCAAACCAGAAAGGGAUUCCGGGAUCCAAAACCCCAGUUUCAAGCCACGGCGGUGUCGGCUCAGAAUCAAGGUUUCCAUGGAUUUUACCAGCCCCCCAUUAUCUCUCCAAGACAAUGGUUUUAGUAUGGUACCCACUGAUCCACUUGGGACAUCCCUGGAAGAGAUGGAAAAACUCAAGAAAGAGCUGAGGAUAUGGAAGAUAAGAGUUGAAGAUGUUGAAAAGGUAAAAGAUGACUUUAUUUGCGCCAAGCUAAGAGCAGACGCAGAGUGUGACAGAGCAGAGAAGAAGCUGACGGAGCUGAAGGAGCAGGAGAAGCAGCGUAAGGACAGAAUCACCAGCUGUGAGCAGGAACUCUUGCUGCUAAAGCAAGAAAACACUGAGCUGAAAAAGGAGAUUGAAAAGCUCAAAGAAGACCUGGAAGAACACCGUUCCCAGGAUAAUCCGUUGGAGAUUACAAAGAAGGUGGCAGAAAUGAAGUUGAAGUUCACUCACCUGGAAGAGAUGAAGGAUCAUGGGGCAAAUGUGGAUAUGGACACCCACUGUGUUUUUGGGGUGGCCACAAAAACCCCCUUCAGACUCAACCAAAACCAGGCACUGCUGACUUUUGAAGAUGAGGAAGUUGCCCAGAGGCUGACAAAGAUGAGCAAGCACUGUGUGAACCUGGACAGCAGAACAGCAAAUGUGACAGUGAAGCCUUUUGAACUCGACAUGGGAUUCCAGUUUGAGCUCCACGUCACUGUCUCUGGAAAGAAGAUCAACAUUUCAGACAUACCUGAGCUUCCUAUUCCUGAAGAUUGGAUGAGAGACAAACUUGAGCUGCAUUUCUACAAAACUGAGCAGGCAGGAGGAGGAGGAGAAAUAGAGAAAGUGACCUACAACAAGGGGUCUGGGACAGGUGUCAUCACAUUCCUCAAACCUGGAGCAAGCUACAACUUUGUGCGAUGUACUAAAUACCCUUUCUGUGCAGAGGAAAGCUGGUUCAUCAUUUCUGUCUCACCACACUUUGAUUUCCACUUGAGGAAGUUUCAGGCACACUGCAAGGUUUCCAAGAAAACCAUUCUGCUGAAAGGAGUCCCAGAGGUGGAAGAGGAUGAAGAAAGUGUGCAGGACAUGAUUGAAAUUCACUUCCAAAAGCCCAGCAAUGGUGGAGGGGAGAUAGAGAAAAUCAAAUACAUCUCCAGAGGAGCAGCCUAUGUUUGCUUUGAGGAGGAUACUGAGAAUGCCAGCUCGGAAACCACAGGGGACUCAUGAAGUUCUGAGGUUUUGUUCCUCAGGGAUUUCUGUAGACAUUGUGCUUUAAUGCUCUGAAAUUGAUACUGUAGCAAAGGAAUCCCUGUCUUCUGCUUUGUCUCAUGGCACUGGCUUUGCACAGGGAGUCAGCAAAACCCCCUGCCUGUGUUACAGAUGAAAGGCACAGGCCAAGCCUUCAGCAGCCCCUGAAACAGCUCACAUUUUCUGCAACUUUGCUUGUUUUAUACCUUGCAGAUUUUAAGAUACUCCAGGGUGGGAUGAGUGGAUUAUUUCUUACAUUCUGGAUACAAAAGCCAUAUUUAAUCCCAAUCCAAGCCUCCUCCCAGUCCUGCUUUAAAUGCCAGAGUUUCAGAAGGUGGCUCUGACACAACUCCAGUCCUGCUGAGGUUGCUGAGUGCCACCAGAACCCAAACACCUGAAAGCACCCUGUAAUUUCAUAAAAGCCACCUUAUCAAAUCAGUGAUAGAAUUAAAAUAGAAAAUGGGGGCUGCAAACCCAAGAAAUUGCACUUAAGAAAUGCCCUGGCAUUUGCUGCCUUUACCUGUUCGUAGCCUGCUUUACUGUUUGAUUUUAACAUUUG